CGCCAAUCGUUGGACAAAGCAGCGCAGCUUACCAUUCCCACACCGCACAUCCCACCGAUCCUGCGUAUCUACGAAUUUGGAACUAAUUCCUUUUUCACGAGGAACAAUUCUAGCUUGUUUCUCCACGGAUUAGAAAACACUUUUCCAUUUUACCGCCGUUGAUCUGUAUUUUCUAACCUCGUUGAACGUUGAACUGAAAUCUUUGAUAACUGCACCAUUUGACAGCGGUUGACAAUUGAACGCAGUUUGACAGCCGAAAAAGAGCGCCAUAGGAAACGGCUGCACGGUGCCGGUAUUUGUGAUCGUUUGUAAUCAGUUUUUGUUGAACAAAUUUCCUAUCUUGCUUGUAGAAGAAAAGCCACCAAGUAUGAGCCGUUCACUAAACCUUAGCAAUUUCCCACCCGCUGUGGAAGCCACCGGAUUCUCAGCACGCGAUCAUUAUCCGGAUAUAGUGUUCACCCGUGAAAUGUUGCACCCUCCAGGACACAGCCGACGGACGGAUAGCACUCGUGAUGUAAUGGUGCCGGUAACGGAAUCGCUUCCGAAGCGUAUUUUAAGCAUCUUCAUGGAGCUCGGUCUACUCGAAGCGCUGGGUGAGGCGGCACAAUCCUCGGAGUCUCGGAUUGUUUCCCGGGCCGCGACCUAUCUGCAGUUGAUCGGCAGAAAGUUCAAGCAGUACUGGCAGUCGUACCCGUGCGAGCUAACGAUGGAUCUCGUAGCGAAACACUCGCAAACCCGCAACUGGCACAAAAGCACGAUACGCUGUAUGUGCUGGCAUCCGUUGUGCUUUAAACUGGCAGUUGCCACCAUUGAUGAUACGGUUCGGAUCUAUACGCGCAACCCAGGCGUAACACCGGUUCUGCGUAGUAGUCUCCAGAAGGCAAUCACUUGUCUCGCUUGGCGACCCUAUACGGGAGGAGAAUUAGCCAUUGGAUGUCAAACUGGGGUGCUGAUUUGGAGUGUCGAUCCGACAAGCCAAAUUACCAGACCCCUUUCGCAGGCAGUUCAUUUACAGCACGGACGCCAUCAACCGGUCACGGCGGUCGCUUGGAGCAGUAAUGGUGAGCUGUUGGUGACCGCCAGCAUCAACGAUACAAAUCUCCUCGUGUGGAACGUGGAUCAGCAACGAUGUGUUCCGAUGCAUCGGGUCAAGCUACCGUGUGCACUCGUUGGUUUUGCUCCACUUGGAUACAACAUGAUCGCCAGUACCAUCGGACGGGACUUUUAUCUCUGUACAGUGCCACCUGAGAGGGUAACGCGAGCCGGCUGGAGUACGGCUAAUGGUUCUCUGCAAUCAUUUGCUUGGUCCCGGGACGAGAAGCAUCUACUGUUUGUCACAACGGAUGAUAUGCAGCUGUUCUAUAUGCGUCUAUCCGGCCUUAAAAGUGCAUCGUACGAACUGGCAUUUCCGCUGGUAGAUUUUCAUCAGAAAACUACCGAGGAUGGGUUGACGAUCGGUGGCAAGGCUCAAUCAAUCGCUUGGUGCCCGCAGGAUCGCUUUUUGGCUAUUUCGUUUAAAAGCACGUCGGCCAUAGCCAUCUUCUUUACAAACCUAGCCGGGCUGCAGAUCAAUAUUGACCCAUACUGUCUCAUUUUUGGUGCCGGUGUCGAGUAUCCUUCGUGCAUGUGCUACCAGGAAAACUAUCAGCAGGAAUAUAAUUCGGACGCACAGUCCGUGCUAACGAUCGGAUGGUCAUCUGGCCGCAUUGAGUACUAUCCACUGUAGUAAAGCACCCGCAAGAAGCAGAACUACAAAUGGAACCAAUGGAAAGAUUGUUAAAUUAACUUAUAAUUCGAGGUCGAAUGAUAUAAAACAUAUGUAACUAUAAUUACUA